GGACCCCCCUGCCCAGCAUCACAAGCAGAGGGGCUCCUCCGACACAGCUCCUGCCAGAUUUUGUUUUACCCCCUCUCUCCCCACCAGAUGACUGUCAGUGCGCAUUUCCCAUUGGCAAGAGGGAGUGAGAAGUAAACAGAGGAGAGCGACAGGGAGGGAAGAGUGUGUGUGAGAGAAGGAGUGUGUUACGGUGGGAACAGGGUGAGAGACAACUUCACCGGGGUUUAUCUACGCGCACUGGCGAAGAGGAGAGAGAUCGCGCUCACGCAGGUUCAAAAGUGGACUGUGGACGGGAACGUGCUGAUUGAAACACCCACUUAUUAAUGGACUGAGAGCGCGUGAGAGGCAAAAUCUGUGCCAGCGCGACGGGAAACGGACGCUGGAAACGACGCUGACGCAGAGGGGAAAGUUACCAACUAUGGAAAUGCAUUGUUAACUGAGAGUUUACAAACUGCUGAGGACCAUUCAGAAACAUUUAUUCGAAACUGGAUGCUUUUGUAGACGAAUUCAAGUGCGCUUGUUCGCCCGGUGAUAUUCCGGUGCUGCCGCGGAGGACCGUACCCAGCUCGGUCACAUAUAGACGGAGCGAGUGAAUCCUUCCACGCCACAAAACGAGCGGCCAGCGCUACGACAAUGACGGCGUUAUACCUCAUCUUUUGCCUUAUGGUCACAGCAGCCACCCAAGCAGCCUACUUCUCCCAGCAGCCCCAGGACCAGGUGGUCGUAGCAGGCCAGUCGGUGACUCUGCCUUGUGUUAUUGUGGGGUAUCGGGGAAUGGUACAAUGGACCAAAGAUGGCCUGGCACUGGGUGGAGAGCGAGAUCUGCCAGGCUGGACUCGCUAUUCCUUAAUGGGCGACCCGCUAUCAGGCGAGCACAGCUUGCUGAUCGAUUCGGCAGACUUGGCGGAUGAUGCGGUGUAUGAGUGUCAGGCUACACAGGCAGGACUGCGCUCCCACCGUGCCAAGCUCACUGUACUAGUUCCUCCUUCAGACCCUAUGGUGGAGGGCGGCCCGGUUGUUCGUCUUAAGGCCCACACACCGCACAACCUUACCUGCAGAGCCUCAGGAGCCAAACCUGCUGCUGAGAUCACCUGGUACAGAGAUGGAGAGGUCAUGGAGACGGCGAUUUAUUCCAAGGCACCGAUGGAGGAUGGGAAGAGGGAGACAGCCGUCAGUAUGCUUCCAAUCGUCCCCGAGGACAGCGAUUCUGGACGCACCUACACCUGCAGGGUUCUUAACCCUGCUGCCCCCGCUGGGCGACAGACAUCGGUUACAAUCAAUGUCCAGCACCCUCCUUCAGUGACUCUAUCAGUCCAGCCUCAGACUGUGACCGAGGGAGCCAAGGUUCUCUUCAUCUGCGCUGCUUCGGCCAACCCUGAAAUCACCGGAUACAGGUGGUCAAAAGGAGGAGUUCCCAUCUCUGAAGCAAACGGUGACAGCCUGGAGGUGACUGUGGACUACUCCUACUUCACAGACCCGGUCUCUUGCGAGGUGUCCAACUCUGUGGGCAGCACCAAUGUCAGCACCCUGGUCGAUGUCCAAUUUGGCCCCAGAUUGCUGUCGGAGCCAAAGCCGAUGACAGUGGAUAUAGGGAUGGAUGCAGCCUUCACUUGUGCCUGGACUGGAAACCCUCCUUUGACCCUAGCUUGGACCAAGCACGGCUCCAGCGUGGUUCUCAGUAACGGUAACACCUUGCAGCUCAAGGCUGUUACCCAGGAGGACGCCGGAACAUACACCUGCAAGGCCAUUGUACCUCGGAUUGGAGUUGCAGAAAGAGAUGUCACUCUGACUGUUAAUGGCCCUCCUAUCAUCGCAGCGGAAGCCACACAGCACGCCAUCAAACACUCCAAGGGCAAGCUGGAAUGUCGGGUGGAGAGCAGCCCACCGCCUGAUAAAGUUGUGUGGACCUUUGGCGAAAUGAGCCUGUCCUCCGGUUCCUCCGGCCGUUACUCAGUGCAGACAGUCACCAGCGACCAUGGCGUUGUGUCCUCUCUGGUCCUGUCCGAGACGCUUGCGACGGACUUCCAGCUGCGCUACAACUGCACCGCCUGGAACCGCUUCGGCACUGGCACUGCCCUGGUCACUCUGAAGGAGCAAGAAGCCCUGCCUAUGCUGAUAAUUGUUGGUGGAGCUGUGGGUGGAGGCUGUGUCCUGCUCAUCUGUGUCAUCAUUCUGGUCUCCCUGUGCUGCAGGCACACAGGCAAAGGUGAGCUCAACGGUAAAAGGUGUACUCGUCUCUCCAAGAGUGACAUCAGAGUUCAGAUCGUUCACAGUGAUCACAACGCUACACGUGGCAACGAUGACGAGGAGGAUGUCAAAGAGCCCAUGGCUCCGAACAGCAGCGAGUCCCCUGGGACGUCGCGCACAGAACACAGUGACCUCCUGGAAGAGGAAGACGACGAGAGAUCAGACAUCAAGGACCCCACCAAUGGCUACUACAACGUCCGAGGUCAUGAAGACCGCAACAUCCGCAGCAGUGGAUUCUCUGAAUAUGUCCCCAAUACUCGGCCAGUCUACACCCCGUCCCAGCUGCCCUCCCCCAGCCCCAUUUAUGGUCAGCACGGCACCCAGCCUCGCGUCUAUGACUUCUCCCAUCGAUACGCCACCACCACAGCAGGCAGAACAGCAUACGAACAGCAGCAGGCGGCAGCCCAGCAGCAGCAAGCAGCCCAGCCUGCCAGCAUUUAUCCCACUGAUCCGGCCUACAGUGGCUCCGCCUACCUGCCUGCUACCUACGGUCGCGCCUUCACCAGCUACGUCAAGCCUGCCUCUUAUGAAAAGGUGGAUGCGUACGACCAAUCAGAUCAGGCCAGCAAAGUAUCCAGCUCAUCUCGCUUUUCUUAUGCUUCCUCACAAGUGUCCUCGCAGCAGUCUGACUAUGGACGGCCCUCACAGCGGAUGCAGACGCAUGUCUGAUUGGACUAAAAGUGGGAAAAUGAAGAGAACAGGAGCAGUGAGUAGAUAGCCAUUGUCACCACCACAUGAAGGUGUGGCUGGACUAACAUGAACUAAGACUUUCUUCACUCGCGGUCCUUCAAGGACACGUUGGACAGUAUUCGGAGGGAGUCACGCGAUUUGGGUUUUGGAUUAACCAUCCUUUCUUUGAGGUGAUGGUUGGUGGGAUCUACGGAAAUGCUAAAUGUGGAGCUUCUGAGCUUGAGGUUCAGCAGAUUGUGAUGUUCAAGUCAAACUAAUGAUUACAGUGUGAUACCUCUUGAGGUUAUCUCCACAUGAUGACCACCCAAACCUGGAGAUAUGUUGUCAGUUCAAGAGCCAAUAGGAAAACAAGUCAAGUGUAUCUCCUGAAUUUGGGUGGCCAAAAUGACUGGGGUAGCUGCUUACCUGCCUUCCAGAGUUUACUUUGUGUCAAUGCUAAAAUACUUUGAAAGAACAAAUGACAAGCUGCGACAUAUUUGAGGAAAAAACAGCCUAUUGUUGUCUGUCAUUUGGUGUUUUGUUGGCAUGCGAAAGGAAUUCUAAGCACAUUCGUGUCUCUAUCAUCAACAUAAGACUGAGCUAUCCACAGAGACAGACAUGGACUGUUCUGCACAAAGGCUGGCUCUACUGACCAACAAGUGCUACAGGCACUGUACUAUAUGAAGAGUCUAAUCAGCGUAGGAAUACUUCUGGCCUGAGCUGUAUUCCUGGAGCUUCUUCUGAUUUUAACCCUAACAUGUUGGACUUAGCAGUAUUGCUUACAGGUGGGAAAAAGAAGGCGAUAUGAAGAGAAUGUGUGUUUUAACCUUCAUUGUAAUGGAGGACUUUAUGUUAACUGUGUGUUGUACCAAGAAGGACGAGGUGAGGCCAUGGAAACCCAAAGAUGGUGGUAAAUUUAAAGGGUGAAAAAACAGGGGCGGAGGCUGAAAACGUGUGUCCUACCCCUGGUACUGUUUUCUGCUGUGAUUACUGAUUGUAAAAUGACGAGUCGGCUUUUACCAGAACAAUCAAAAAGUGGUGGUUUAGAAAGGUGGCAAUCUUGAACUAGAAAUAAACUUGAAUGCGGCGUCAACUUCAGCAGGGGAAAGAUGUUUUAGGCAGUCCUUAUGUGGACCAUCCACUCUCAAGUUUUACAAAUCAAUCAAAUUGUCUCAAUAUGUUUACAAGAAUCAGUACUACCCUGAAACACUAAGUAUCUGUACAAAUGGCUGAGCCCAUACUUUCUCUCUGUU